GGGAAAAGCCACCACUAGCGCCACGUUCCACCACCACCUCAGCCUCUCCGUUCGCCACCGCAAUUUAUUCAAAAUUACAACAAUAAUAUCUCCAUUUAUCUAUAUACCCAUAUCCAUUUUCACUUUCCACUCUUGCUUCCCUUCUAAAACCCUAAUUUUCGAUCCCGUAUAAUCCUUGAUCUUCUUUCUCUUUUUCUCUUGCUCCCUUCAAAACCCUUUAUCAGAUUCUCGUAUCUGUUCGAUACAAGAUCUGGGUUUUUCUUGAUUGGGGAGGGGAGAUAGGAAAUAAGGUUUUUUAGGGUUUGUGUACGGUCAAGGCUGGCGGGUAUUCGGGUCAAAUAAAUGGCGGAUCCGCCAGGAUUCCGCCCUAAUUGGAUUGUUUUUCCAUUGAGGAUGAAGAGGAAGCUGAAAGGCGAAGUUUGGCAUUGGUUCUGUUAGUGUUACGGAGUGCGCUGACGGUUUUGUAGAGUGACUGACGUAGAGAGAUAAAGUAUGCUGAGCGUGCUGAGGGUGCACCUCCCUUCUGAUAUCCCCAUUGUUGGCUGCGAGCUUACCCCCUAUGUCCUCCUGGGCCGACCCGAUAAGCCUGUCACCACCGAUGAUGUGCCUGAGUCUGCCCCUCUUGAUGGUCACUUCUUGAGGUACAAGUGGUAUCGUAUACAGAGUGAUAGAAAAGUUGCUAUCUGUAGUGUACACCCCUCCGAGCAAGCCACAUUGCAGUGCCUAGGUUGUGUUAAGGCCAAAAUACCUGUUGUUAAAAGUUAUCAUUGUUCUCCAAAGUGCUUCUCAGAUGCAUGGCAGCAUCAUCGCGUUCUACAUGACCGAGCUGCAAGUGCUGUAAAUGAAAAUGGAAAUGAAGAGGAAGAGAUAUUUGGUCGUUUCAACAGCACAGGAUCUGGAGUUGCUAGCUUAUCUAGCUCAGCAUCAAGCACUAGCUUGUCUAAUGGUUCAACACCUUUAUAUCCUGCUGCAGUUACCCAGAGGAGUGGUGGUGAAACCUGGUUUGAAGUUGGACGUUCUAAAACAUAUACACCAACAGCAGAUGAUAUCGGCCACGUUCUCAAGUUUGAGUGUGUUGUGGUAGAUGCUGAGACCAAAGUACCUGUGGGUCAUCCCAAUACUAUUUUGACUUCUCGUGUCAUUCCAGCCCCUUCCCCUACUCCCCGUCGCCUAAUUCCAGUGAGUGGAGUUGAUGUGAUGGGCCAUCUAGAUGCAGAUGGUCGCAUUUCAUCGACUGGAACUUUCACUGUGCUCUCAUACAACAUCUUAUCUGAUUCAUAUGCCAGCAGUGAAUUAUACAGCUAUUGCCCUUCCUGGGCUCUUUCCUGGCCAUAUCGCAGACAGAAUUUAUUGCGGGAAAUUGUUGGGUAUCGUGCAGACAUUGUUUGUCUUCAGGAGGUGCAAAAUGACCAUUUUGAGGAGUUUUUUGCUCCUGAGCUGGACAAGCAUGGCUAUCAAGCCUUAUAUAAAAGGAAAACAAAUGAGGUUUUUAGUGGAAAUCCCCACACAAUUGAUGGCUGUGCUACUUUUUUCCGUAGAGAUAGAUUUUCACAUGUCAAAAAAUAUGAGGUUGAAUUUAAUAAGGCUGCUCAAUCCUUGACUGAUUUUGCAAUUCAAAGUACCCAGAAAAAAGCUGCUUUGAACCGGUUGGUGAAGGAUAAUGUUGCAUUGAUUGUGGUUCUUGAAGCAAAGUUUACUAACCAGGGAGCUGAUAAUCCUGGCAAGCGGCAGCUUCUUUGUGUGGCAAAUACACAUGUCAAUGUUCAACAGGAUCUAAAAGAUGUAAAGAUCUGGCAGGUGCAUACACUCUUGAAAGGACUGGAAAAAAUAGCUGCUAGUGCAGACAUUCCAAUGUUGGUAUGUGGGGAUUUCAAUUCCGUUCCUGGAAGUGCUCCACAUGCACUUCUUGCCAUGGGAAAGAUAGACCCAAUGCAUCCAGAUUUAGCAGUAGAUCCUCUUGGGAUUAUACGCCCACACAGCAAGUUGGCACAUCAACUGCCACUGGUCAGUGCCUACUCAUCCUUUGCAAGGCUGGGUGUUGGUCUUGGAUUGGAGCAGCAGCGGAGGAGAAUGGACCCCUCAACAAACGAACCGUUAUUCACAAAUUGCACAAGAGAUUUUAUUGGCACUCUAGAUUACAUAUUUUACACAGCUGAUUCUCUGACGGUGGAGUCCUUAUUGGAACUCUUGGAUGAGGAUAGCUUGAGGAAAGACACGGCUCUUCCUUCCCCAGAGUGGUCCUCAGAUCAUAUAGCACUUUUAGCCGAAUUUCGCUGCAUGCCUAGACUUAGACGCUGACAUUCCAGGUCUGGAAAUGCCCUGGAAAACGGGAGGGAGAAGCUCAUGAUACAGAAAAGUUACUGUAAGAAUGGUAGAUGACCCGCUCUGUGCUCUUACUCAAAGAUCCCAUGAUCUACUUUGUAUUAUGUCGCCUUUGUUUCAUAGAAAAAUCAUGGUAAUGGCUUAUCAAAUUCCCUUUUUCCGUUGCCGAUAGAAAUGCCCAGUGGUUCAGUAUAUUUAGUUGCUGUCGUGUACUUUAGUUCUCUGUGCAAAGCAUGUGGUUAGAGGAAUGCGAUUGCAUGCCCUUCCAUCUUUUGCCCCAUGUUGCUUGCCCUUUUUCUUGGUUGAGGAAUAAAAUUUAAUUUCUUAG